GCUGUCGGACAUAUAGACACUUCGUUUUGAACAUGAGAGCCUCAAGCGCGUGAUGUUUCGUAUACAUUGAAGAAAUUAUCAAAGCUGUAUGAAGCAGCAGCUUUAGAAAUUGUUGCUUGCUUUUGCAGAAAAUUUGCCUUUACUUCUUGCAAAGGUUUGUGUAGCUUGAAUGAAACCGGAUUCAAGAGAAGAGCUUAUAAUGAAGGCAAGAAGACGUAAAUUAAGAGAGAAGCCUGAAACAUAUCUGAAGGCAGAAAAUUUGAAGCAAAAAGACACUGAUGAUUCAGACGAUUUUACAGAUAAUGAUGAGGAGCAAUUGCCAGUUUUUGACUUGUAUCCUGAUCUAAAGGAUGAAAUUAACCAUAUAAGACAAUCCCCAAAAUUAUCUCCAAGCACAAAGAAUGUAUGUAAGAAGGGGAGUGCUGACAAUGCAGUCCAUUCCUGUGGUUCAGUUUCACCUCAACCCAAAAUGGAAUCUUCUUUUAAAUAUUCAUUAUAUAGAAUUGUAGGUUUUAUUUCUAUUAUUAUUAUUUUUAUAUUUUUUUACAAAAGUUUAGAAUUUAAGACAAAUAAUCCUCCAUUUCCCAAGAUUGAUAUUAUAUUAAACAGUUUGAAAGAAGAAUUUCACGGUCAGCCUGAUUUAAGUUUCAGAAUUGUGUCUGCAGCACUCAAAAGAGUUUUUAAAGCAGACCCAAAGGAACCUGCAAUUAUUAUGCUUGUUGCUGCUAAAGGUGUUGAAAGCAAAACUCAUCAUCUAGCUCAUAGUUUAGCUCAAUUAGUUUCAGAGUCUGAAAGUUAUGUUUUGAUAAAUGGUCUUGAGUUAAAAAGUACACCUUCUUCUUUAGCAAAGAAGGACAUCACUGAAAAAAUAAAUAGUGCCUUAAAUUCAUCUGCUUUAAAUGCUGUAUUAAUUGAUGCCUUAGAUGCUAUUCCUGGUGAAACUGCUUUGAUAUUUCAUAAUUAUUGUGAUCAUGAAAAUGCUAAGUACAAAAGGGCAGUUUAUGUGAUGACAGUUUCAUCUGAAACUGAAUUUAAAGAGAAAAAUAAUUCAAAAUAUGUAGAUAACAUAGUUGAGAAACAUUUAAAAAAUAAAUGGAAAGAUGUUAAUGAAGAUCAGAUUUCCUCAUUGCUGUCUAGAUUGUCAGUGAGUGUUGCCGCUGUAACACAAAAAUAAAAUUCUUCGACCGUUAUCAGUAUUUUUAUGUAGAACAUUACUGAAAGAAUAUAAAUGUCCAUCCUAUAAAUUUUAUGAUGAUGUAAUUUUUCCAACUUUUGUAAAUAAAAUAUUGUUAUUCCAUGGGAUUUUAUUGAAAAUGUAAUAAUAGUGUAUGUUUGGAAACUUUUGAAUGUGGAUUAGUGGAACUGAAUCAAUUUUGCCAAAGCAUUGUGAAACAGUUUUCAAUUUUAAAGUUAUAACAAAUUUUUCAUUCAUGAAUGUAAUUAUGUAAAUUGGGUAAAACAUUGUUUUUCUAUUAUAUGUUAUCACUGAAUUUAUCUUAAAAAGCCUAUGUUAAAGCUUUGUAAUUUUAUUGUUUUAUGAUAACUUUAUAUGUGGUUAAUUUACAUUUGAUUAUUUUGUUCUUUUUAAGCAUUUGAAUUGAUUGUAAUUUCUGUCAUAAGUAGCUCUGUUAACGUUUGCUAAUAUAUAUUAAAAAUUUAUUGCAAAAUAUACACUUGCUUACUCAAAAGCUAAUUUGUUAAUUUAAUGUAUACUGUAGACUUUUCUGAUGACUUAUUUGUUAGCUUGUACACAUUUUUUAGAUUAGACAGAAUGCAAAUUACAUGAUGUUAUAUUUCAUCAAUACAUUUAUAUCAAAAGCUCCAAAUUGUUUAAAAAUACUAAUAUAUUGUGUAUCAAAUAUUUAAAUGCUGGAUAAAUAUGCAUAGGUAUUAUGUAGUAAUUGUAAUACCUACAUACACACAAAUAUAUAACUACAAAGAUUAGAAGCUAAUUUUAAUGCACAGAUGUAGAAAAAUGUUUAUUAAAAGCAUUGUCUUGUCAGUUUAUUUGAUAUAGUUUGAUAUUAUUUACUUUGACUUCUCGAGACAUGUUUCCCCUUUAUAAUAACGUGUAUAUUUUAAAAAAUAAUAAAAAGCAUUGAAUGAGAAAUUUA